UUCAGCCCGGGGACCAGGUCGAAGCCACAACUUACGGCUACUAUCCAUGGAUCCAAAUGCAGGCGCAAACUUUUUUUUCGCCAUAUUUUCGGCUUAGCAGGAAUAGCCCAGCUUCUUUUGGCAAUAUAUCAUCGAACCUGGGCAUUUCUCAUUGCGCUGGGGAUCGGAGCCUUCAUGAAAAUGGCAGUGUAUAUCGGACGGAUCGUCUUGCAUGACAAUGCCUGGUCUACGAAUGCCUUCCGCUUACAGAUAUUUUGUCUCAUCCUCGCACCGACGUUCAUUGCCGCGGGUAUAUAUUUGAUACUUAGGCAUAUUGUUAUCGGUCUAGGAUGUGAUGUGAUCUCCAUUUUACCGCAAGCUGCUGCUGGAGGUGGCGCUGCGGAUUCUGCUGGGUUCGAUAAAGCAUGGAUGGAUGCUGGGAACGCUGUUAUCACUGUUGGUAUAGCACUCCAGGUUGCGACGAUGUCAGCGUGUGGUUUGUUAGCGGUUGACUUCUUUGCACUCUGGAGGGAUUGCCAUCGCCAGAGAAAAAGCGAGGGUGCGCCUUUCAGUGACAGUCGCAAUAAACGAAUACUGAACAUGCCCAUCGCCGAGAUGGUGGCAUAUCUCAUGGUUCUCGUCCGUUGCUCUUCCCGAAAUGGCUGCUGGUUUGGGGAGUUCCUUGAUGCGCAACGAGAUGGAGUUCAUGAUUCUUGA